CUGUGGUGAGCCUUUUCUACCCCCGCCGAUUUCUCCCGCUAACUACAAGUUGCCACUUGUGGACCAAUGAUCUAGAAGGAAAAGUGGCAGAGCGCGAAGCAAGAAAACAAAUUUCCAGACUUUGUUGACCUUUUUGACAGUUGUGAGUUGUUAAAUCACCUUUGACCCAAAACCAAAGCAAAAAGACCGACCAUUUGGUACCAGUCUUCAAAAUGUCUUCCUACGAUUCAUGGCAGAAUCCGCUGCAGGCUCGCUAUGCGAGCAAAGAGAUGUUGACGCUGUUCUCAGCCCGGACGAGAGCAUCGACCUGGCGUCAGCUGUGGAUCUGGCUAGCUGAGGCGGAGAGAGAAUUGGGCUUGGACAUUUCAGAGGAAGCGAUCAAGGAGCUCGAAGCUGCCAAGGUUAUGUCGGAUGAAGAUUUUCAGAUUGCGGCUGUUGAGGAAAAGAGACGUCGUCACGAUGUCAUGGCCCAUGUGCAUGCUUUUGGCCAACGAGCUCCUGCGGCAGCGGGAAAGAUCCAUUUGGGUGCGACAUCUUGCUAUGUUACUGACAAUGCCGACCUGAUCUUCCUCCGUGACGGUCUAUCCCUCCUCCUGCCAAAACUUGCCAAGUGCAUCAAGAAGCUAUCCGACUUUGCAUCCGAAUACAAGUCGCUACCGUGUCUGGGAUUCACCCAUGGUCAACCUGCCCAGUGUAUCACCGUCGGCAGACGUGCCACCCAGUGGAUCGAGUCGCUUCUCAUGGACCUCCGAAACCUCGAACGCGCAAAGGCUGAUCUACGUUUCCGAGGUGUCAAGGGUACUACAGGAACUCAGGCAUCUUUCCUCGAACUCUUCCAUGGAGACCAUGAAAAGGUCAAGAAACUCGAUGAGCUUGUCACGAAGAAGGCCGGCUUCGAAAAACGAACCAUUGUCUCGGUACAAACUUACAAUCGCAAAGUUGAUUUUGAUGUUGCCAAUGCUCUGGCUUCUUUUGGUACUACAAUUGAGCAUAUCGGAGGAGACAUUCGUCAUCUGGCCAUGCUGAAAGAACUCGAAGAACCUUUUGAGAAGGAUCAGAUCGGCUCAUCCGCCAUGGCUUACAAACGCAACCCCAUGAGGUCGGAGCGAAUGUGCUCUCUUGGCCGAAAACUCACUUUCCUCCCCCUCGGAUUUGGAGCUACAUAUGCUCACCAGUGGUUUGAACGCUCUCUGGACGACUCUGCGAUUCGACGAAUUGAUAUCCCCGAGAUGUUCCUCAUUGCAGAUGCCCUCCUAAUCCUCCUCGAAAACGUUUCUUCUGGCUUGGUGGUCUACCCUGCCGUCAUCAACAGUCGACUGCAGCAAGAAUUGCCUUUCAUGGCCACAGAGACCAUGAUUAUGCGUUUGACCGAGAAAGGCGCAAGUCGGCAAGAGGCCCACGAACAAAUCCGGGUCUUGUCGCAUCAAGCUGGAGCGGUUGUCAAGCAAGAAGGCAAGCAAAAUGAUCUGGUGGAUCGUGUGCGGAAAGAAAAGUUCUUUGAGCCGAUCUGGAAUGAGUUGACCGAGGAAGACAUCCUCAACCCUGCCAAGUUCACCGGAAGAUCUGCUGAACAGGUGGACGAGUUUGUCGCGGAGGAAGUCGAACCAGCGUUGGCUCCCUACAAAGAUCAGAUUGCCAGUGGUGCGGCUGCGGAGAUCCAUGUAUAAUCAUCGACGAUGAAGCUCGGUGGAAUAUGGCAGACAUGAACCCAUACAAUCCACCCGAGAGCGGAUGAACCACCGGGUAUAUCGCGUUAGCUGGUCAGGCGGUCGAGCCGCACGAUCAGGUUAAAAUUCAAAUCAUAUGUUCUUGAUGUCUUCCCAUAAUUUUUGCUGUAG